AUCCCUGGAAGCAGUUUCAUGCUAAUCACUGGAUGAGAUGUUUAAAGGCCAAACUCCAGACUUUGGGGUUAAACAAGCUCCAUUAUAGGGGAUGGUUAACAUGUGUGAGGGGACAAUUCCUAUAUAUGUUUUUUAUUUUAAGUUAGAAAAUGUAAGCUUUUUUAUUGCCUUUUUUAAAACGUUUAAUGUUCUGUUCUAUCUUUCAUGAAUUAUUGCCCAAAUUGUUCUUAAAUUGUCAUUUUGGCUUGCAUUUGGGAAGAAAAAAUGAAUUUAUAAACUAUUCAAAUGGAAUUUAAAGUCUAAAAGAUGAAAAUUAGUGACACGAAGACAUGCCAGCAAUUCAGUCCUCUUCUGUCGGAGCAACAAUGUUAGAACAGUUUUUUUAAGCUGAGGUGACGCACUUCCCGAACCUGGGCAGUUGCCUCACGUUCACCCAAAAUGUCCACGACUGUGACUGGCAUUCUGAUCACACCAGGCCGCUACGGUCACGAGGGGUCGACUCUGUUACAAUAGUUUUUCUCCCAAGGAAAUACAACAAUUCCUUUAAGCGUCAGGACUCUUGCACCGCUGUUCAAAUUGACCUUGUGAGUCAAAAGGUCAACUCAAAGUGAUCCGUCACAUCACUAACGCUGUUUGUUCCCAAGUAAACAAGGAUUCAAGUCGAAGAGUUUCUGGUCUUCAGUGUGACCUGGUCAGCGAUGGCUCGCCUCCCCCCCUGCUCCCCCACACCACCUCAGUUUGGAGUGGGUGGGCCCAGCGAGGAUGCCCCUGACAAAGUGCACACUGUCCAGGAACUCCUGGACUCACCUCCCUCCUCCUCAAGCCCACCUUCCCUCCACACAACUCUUCUCACAUCACUGCUCAAGACUUGGACGUCUCACUCUUCCUCUGCUCUCAUCUAAAACAUCUGCCAUGAUUCACCGCAGCAGCGUCUGGAGGUUCCUCCUUCUGGUAGCCCUCUGUGUUCUGGUGGUCUUCGCGCACUCAGAGAGAGUGGCAGAUCCCUCGAUGCCCACCAGAGACCACCAGGAAACCAUGUCGGGCGAGCCUCCCAGUGACAUCACCACCAAGGACCCGUUCCAUGGCAUGACGGAGCAGACGUUCACGAUUGACUUUGAGGACGCCACACACUCCCACGCCGUCGAGGAGGAGGAGGACGGGGUCCUCGGGCCAGGGGCCAUCACCGCCAUCGUAAUCGCCGUCUUCCUGGGAGCGUCAGUCCUCCUCGCCCUCAUCGUCAUCACACUCAGGAAGUUCACUGCCUCCUAAUAUGGACAAGUGUGUGUGUGUGUGUGUGUGUGUGCUUGUGUGUGUGUGUGCAGUGUGACUUCACGAUUCAUAAUCAACUCCUGACUCACUGCGUAUUUUUGGGUUCACUGGUGUCAAAUGUGGCAGGUCCCCUCUCUGAGUCUCACAGUCCCGCCCCCCCCGAAAAAGACUCACCCACAUCUGCUCGUGUGUUAGAAGCUGGCUGGCUCUUCCAGUGGAACUUAUCGUAGUCAAAGUUGCUUUUAAAGAAGGUUACACUCGUGGCAACACCGUAGACAAGCCACGACACGGAAACUCAACUGCAGCUGGGUCAAAUACAUGCAACAGA